UAUAUAAGUUAAGCGUUAUGAGUUUAACUUUAUCAAGAUUGAUUGUUAAGCGAUACAGAAAAGUGAGGCCUAAAAAUUACAAAAUUGAUUUUAAUUAUAUGUAGUUUUAAAUAUUACUGAGUCACUGUUUUAGUUAGAAUCAAAUUAGUUCGACGUCUAUCUCUGAUAAAUUGGUGUGAUAUUCGGACUUUGAAUUGAAGGAAAAAUUAGUCAAGUUAAAUGAGAUAAUAUUUGUGGUAAAUUACACCAAAACACAUUCAUUAUAGUUUAACAUGAAAAAAUACCGAAUUUAUGUAGAUUGGAUGUUUAAGGAGUAAUAAAAUUUGAUUA